AUGUUCGUGCAAGUGUUCGUGUUCGUUCAAAGUGUUCGUAAGUGCAGUGUGCGGAAAGCGAAGGUAAUCAAGAAGAGAAACUACGCUACUGUAGGUUUCUCUGAUUCUAACAAUAGGUUAGCAGAAGACAAGGUUGUGACAGCCGCGGUCGUCACAUCGACAGCCCCUAGUGGGGAGGGUACCAACGAGUCGGUAGGGAAACCCAUUUGUUAUUUAGGUCAACUGGACCACAGUCUCGGAUUGCUGGCAACAGCCCUGGUCCAAGUUGAAUCUGACAGAAACGGAACUGUGCAGACUUUUAGAGCUUUGUUAGAUCAGGGCUCUCAGGUAUCAUUAAUUACCGAAGCCGCAGUUCAGUUUCUUGGGUUACACAAGGUACCCACUCAAACUGGCAUACAUAGAUUAGGCGACGACGAGGGAAGCUCAGUCCCCUCUAGGUCAAUGGUGACAUUCAAAUUGCAGUCUCGUCUAGAUCCGAACUAUUGUUCAUAUGUCAGUGCGUAUGUAAUGAAUAAACUCACUACAAAUCUUCCUCAAAGGAAGAUUAUACAAGUUCCUCCAUCACUCUCAAAUUUGCAAUUAGCAGAUCCUUCAUUCCACACACCAGGAAAGAUUGAUCUGCUCUUAGGUGCACAAGUGGUUGGAGAAGUUCUUUUAGACGGUUUGGUUAAGGGUCCGCCUGGAAGUCCAGUCGCACAAAAGACCAAACUUGGAUGGAUCGUCUCAGGCGAAAUCCAAUCCUCAGCUGUCUCUAGGCCUGUAUGUUAUCAUACAAUAGUACAGUCAGUAGAUGUCAAUGACCUCAUGCGUAAGUUUUGGGAAUUGGAAUCGGAGCCUUCAGUUCAGCGGAUAUUGAAUGAGGAAGAACUGAAGUGCGAAGAUUUCUACUCUAAGACCACCAAACGCGAUUCAACCGGGCGAUAUAUAGUAAAACUGCCAUUUAAUACAGAAAACCCCAAAUGCGCACUUGGGAGGUCAUCCGAGGUCAUUGCCCGCAGACGUUAUCUCAACCUAGAGAAAAGAUUAGUUAAAGAACCAGAACUUAGGGAACAGUAUAGAGCUGUUAUCAACGAGUAUAUUCAAUUGGGACACGCUGAAGUUGUCCCACCGGCAGAAUUAGAUAUUGACGCAUUUUACCUGCCACAUCACGCGGUGGUACGCGACGAUAAAGUCACCACCAAGGUUAGGGUCGUCUUUGACGCUUCAUGUUCUGGCCAUAAUGGUGUAUCCUUAAAUAAGGAAUUAAUGGUGGGCCCAACCCUACAACCUGAUUUGCGUCAAGUUAUUAUGCGGUGGCGUCGCCAUCCGAUUAGUUUAGUUGCGGACAUAGUCAAAAUGUACCGUCAGGUUAUAGUUAGUAGAGAGGAUGCUGAUUACCAACGCUUUCUGUGGCGUGACAAACCAGAUGCAGAGUUAGAACAUUUCCGACUCUUACGUGUCACAUUCGGGACAGCUUCCGCUCCUUACCUGGCCGUCCGCACACUACAGCAGCUUGCUCAUGAUGAAGGAAGCAAUUACACCUUGAUAGAAGACCGAAUUCUCAAGGAUUUUUACGUCGACGAUUUUCUAUCAGGCUGUGAAUCCAUUGCCGAGGGUCAACAGAUACAUCAACAAAUGAACGAGUUGUUGAGUCGCGGAGGCUUCCAGCUUCAAAAGUGGUCUAGCAGUAAUGUUGAUUUACAUUGUAAAAUACAGGAUGGACCAUUAACUGAAAAUUUAGAAUUAAAAUCAGAUGCAGUAAUGAAAAUCUUAGGUCUCACUUGGGAUAGACUAACUGACACUUUCAAUUAUACUGUAAAUCUUCCUUUGCUCGAAGCCCCUGUGACUAAACGCAAAGUAGUGUCGGAUAUCGCUCGUUUAUUUGAUCCUCUCGGUUGGUUAGCACCUGUCGUGAUCACGGCCAAGAUAUUUAUUCAGCGGCUCUGGUUAGCAGGUAUUGAAUGGGAUGAUGAACUUCCUGAUCAGCUCUUAAAGGAAUGGAUCACGUUUAGAAAUAACCUUUACCAUGUUCAAGAGUUUAAAUUACCGCGCUGGAUCCGUACAAGUAAAAGUGACGUUCUUUUAGAGUUGCAUGGAUUUUCUGACGCCUCUAAUAUCGCUUAUGCAGCAGUAGUUUACACUCGAUGCGUCGACUCUGAAGGAAAUGUGCAUGUUAGUCUUGUAGCCUCAAAGACCAAGGUGGCCCCUGUUAAACAGGUGUCCAUACCUCGUUUGGAGUUAUGUGGUGCAGUGCUUUUAUCAAAACUGCUACGGGAAGUGUCUAACACCUUAAGUGUAUGCAAGACUAACAUACAUGCAUGGACGGACUCAACAGUGGUGCUUGCCUGGUUAAGCAGCCAUCCCAGCCGCUGGAAAACCUUUGUUGGGAAUAGAGUAUCCGAUAUACUCACCUUUAUGGACAGUAAUCAGUGGUCGCAUGUUCAGUCUAAGGAUAAUCCCGCCGAUUGCGCUUCGCGUGGCAUAAAUCCUUCCGAGUGCGCAGACUUAGUGAUAUGGAUGCAGGGACCUAGUUGGUUGCAUAGUGCUGAAAUCAACUACAACAGAAGGUUGAUCGAAGAAACCAACUUAGAAGAGAAAGGGACGCUCAUGAGCGCACAUUGCAUGGUGGUCCUCAGUUAG